ACUCCAAGAGGAAAUACAUUAACAGAAAACACAGUAAAACCAAGUGUUGAUACUCCAACAGCAAAUGCAACAACAGAGAACACAGCGAAACCAAGUGUUGAUACUCCAACAGCAAAUACACCAACAGAGAACACAAUUAAACCAAGAGUUGAUACUCCAACAGCAAAUACACCAACAGAGAACACAUUAAAACGAAGUGUUGAUACUCCAACAGCAAAUACACCAACAGAGAACACAAUUAAACCAAGAGUUGAUACUCCAACAGCAAAUACACCAACAGAGAGCACAGUUAAACCAAGUGUUGAUACUCCAACAGCAAAUACACCAACAGAGAACACAAUUAAACCAAGAGUUGAUACUCCAACAGCAAAUACACCAACAGAGAACACAGUGAAACCAAGUGUUGAUACUCCAACAGCAAAUACAACAACAGAGAACACAGCGAAACCAAGUCUUGAUACUCCAACAGCAAAAACACCAACAGAGAGCACAGGGAAACCAAGUGUUGAUACUCCAACAGCAAAUACACCAACAGAGAGCACAGUUAAACCAAGUGUUGAUACUCCAACAGCAAAUACACCAACAGAGAACACAAUUAAACCAAGAGUUGAUACUCCAACAGCAAAUACACCAACAGAGA